AUGGAAACUUCUGGCCUUAAAGUGCAAAGCUGAACAAAUAUCCAAUUAGGAUUAUCUCAAGGUCCUGUAGGAGACCCAAAAGCGGAAGAAAAUAAAUCCCUUCACCAUUUAAAAACUAUUAAAAAAGAAGCAUUUUUACCGAAUGCGCCUGUAGCUAAGGAUGGGAAACCAAGUAUCCGAUUUUGCGGACCUUUUACUCCUGAAUCUUCGUGAAAACUGUUCUGAGACAUACUAACUAUGCUUUUCAUGGCUGCAUGUCUUUUUUUCGGGAAUUUUUUCUUAGAGCCAUUUUCUCAGCAUUAUUUAGUUAAAAAAUAAAAGUUUUGCUGCCUUAAGAGAAAAAAAUUCUCCGGGGGAAAUCACAAUAAAAAGAAUGUUAAGGCUUUUUCAUAGUUUACUAUGCAGUUUCAGUUCCAUAUAGGCUUUGCUUUAAUGUAGCAAUAUCAGGAUGAUGGGCCUACUUGGAAUUUUGCAUUAAUUUAUGUUUCAUUUUUGACAUUUUUAUCUGUUUCAAUACUGGAUACUAUUCUAAAGGAUCUCUGCAAAUGAACCGCAAAAAAAUCUUUAUAAAUUAUUUCAAAUCUUGGUUCAUCCUGGAUUUAGUUGCAAGUGUUCCGCUGACUUGAUUUAUAACUGGACCAUUUGAAAAUGGGGACUCGCAAGACCAGAAUAAAACAAUUAGCAUUAGCAUUAACUUAACUUAUUGAGAAGUUCGCCGUAAUUCCCACCUAAUAGCCUACCUCCACCCCAAUGCUUCGCUCGGCUGCUCAUCACCAACCGUCUCACGGCCUUCAAAGUGUUGCUCCUUCUGGACGAGGAUGUGGACUCGCUAACCGAAGUUGGAUGAGUUGCGUCACCUUGCACAUCAAAAGAGUUGUCUUUUUUAAAAAAUUUGAAAUAUAUUUUUAGUCAAACUGUCGGCCAAAAUGGAAAUCCAAAGCCUGAGACUUAAGCCCAGUUUCACGCUAGAAAGUUGCCCGAUUGACCAAGUGGGUGUCCUUGGUAUAGCUGAGCCUCCCCUUUCCAACCUUGGAAACCAUUACCCCUGAGGUAAAAACCCUGACAUCAGAAUGAGCUGCGGCCAACCAAGUUUGACGUUGCACUCCACUAUACCAAGGAAAAACCUAGCCGGAUACACAUACCGAGCGCCUAAUUCCCUCCCACAAGGUCCUCGGCACAGCCGGCUACAGGUGUUGAGAAAAAGGGCUGAUUCUCGGUCGCCAUUUUAAUAUGCAUACCUGAAUAAAACCAAUGUCUAUAAUUCAGGCCAAGUUCUAAGACUUGUCAAAGUUUUCAGGUUUUUGAGAAUUCUCAAGCUGCUAAGAGUCGCAAAAAUUAAAAGAAUUUUAAUAAAAAUCGAAGAUUAUGUAGCAAGUAAUGUAAUUGCAACUAUUUUUUUAUUUUUACGCCUGCUUUCUGUUGUAUUCUUUAUUGCCCACUGAACUGCUUGCUGAUGGUUUUUCUUAGGGGAUCUUGACAUGACCUACUAUCCUACAACAUGAGUGACAGUCGCCAAAAUUGAAAACUCCAGUCCUUUUGAUCAAUACAUUACCUCUCUAUAUUGAGCCUUCACCACAAUGACGACCGUAGGAUAUGGUGACAUCGUUCCCAAAACAAUCCCAGAAAAAAUUUACGCAAUGUUUGCUAUGAUUGUUGCAUGUGGAGUUUUUGCAUAUACCGUAGGAAGCAUCGGCUCACUUGUAAGCAAGCAAAAUGCUGUUGAGAACGCAUACAGAGAACAAGUCGUUGCUGUCAACCGAUAUAUGAGAAAAAAAGAUUUGCCUCACGAUCUGCAGUUCAGAGUCAGAAGAUAUCUUGAGUAUGUCUGGGAAAACAAAAAGAAAAGUAAUCUCGAUGAAAAGCAGAUUUUGACGUUGUUAUCAGAACCGCUAAGAGAUGAAAUUUAUGCUCACAUUCAUGGAAUUGUAAUAAAAUUAUGUCCAAUAUUUGAACAAUAUGAGGCUCAUUUCAUUUCUCAAUUGACAAGAGCGCUAGAGGGUGAAACUUAUGCACCAGGAGAUACAGUGAUUGAAGAAGGCGAAAUGAGCACGAAAAUGUAUUUUAUUCAGAAUGGAAAAAUUGAUAUUUUUCAUCAUUCUACCAAAUCCACUUAUAAAGAACUAGGGCCUGAUGAGUAUUUUGGGGAAAUUGCUUUUUUCACAGAAAAGCCGAGAUGUGCGUCUGCAAAGUGUCUUGAUUUUGCAGAUUUGCUGAGUUUGUCUAGAGUCAAUAUGGGGUGAGGCGGAAAAAAAUACACUGUAUUUUUUUCCUACAGUUCCCACAGUCAAAUUUGACAUAAAAUUUUCCAAUUUUUUGAAACGAUAGGAAAAAAAUACAUGGAAAAGAAAAAAAAAUUCGAAACCAGGGCGGAAAAAAAUUUCAACCCCCAAAAAUGAAAAAAAAAACUGCAUGAAAAAAAUACACAUAAAAAAAAAUAUUAAAUUACUAAUAUUUAAAAAGAAGCAAAGAAAAUGCUUUAUUAAAUAUGAAUGACAAUAGCAGUCAUUGCGUUUGCUAUAAAUUCACAUAAUAGAUAAAAAAUAGAUGCAAGAACUGUAUCAUAUGCUUUAUAGUAAAAAGUUUUCUGUGUUUUUUUCCAAACCGCAUGAAAAAACUACUAUAAAAAUUUGAAAUACAGAUCUUUAAGUCAAAUAGAGUUAAAAAUAACGAAAAAACAGUCCCAGAUUAAAUCUCUCUUUAAUAACGAGAUUUUAAGAAUAAAAUGAAUGCCUAAAUGUUAAAGAUCAGUUUAAAUAAAAAAAAUUAAAAUCAGAAGGAAAAAAAUUCAAAAUUUUUUUUCUAAAAAAACAGCAUGAAAAAAAAUAUCAGUAAAAUUUUAACAGUCUAAAUUUCGGCAUGAAAAAAAUACAACAUAAAAAAAUUUAGUAGGAAAAAAAUACAUAUAAAAUUUAUAUAUUUUUUUAAAAUUUUUUAAUUAAAAAAAUCCAAAAUAUCUAACUCCCCCCCAAUUAAUAGCGGAUGAAAUCAAUGUUUUUUUCCCCUAAAAAUGGACUCUUAGGUACCAUUUAAUAACGGAAAUUUUUUUACUAUAAAAAAUUUUAAAUUAUAUAAGAUAAUCGUUCAUUAUAAAUUUACUAAUAUACAUAAAAUGGCGGAUGACUUCCGACCCGUCCUCUUGAGACAGUUACCUGUGUAUAUCCGGGCAUGGUUUUUGGAGCCAGGAAUUGGCCCAGCUAUGUCUUUGUACCUCAAGGCGAGAGGUCUAAGCGCAAAGAUCGCUGUUUUUGUGACCAAGACACUUGGGCAGUUAUUCGUGACUCCUUUUUUCCAGCAGAGCCCAGCCUAGUGGGUGUAAGAAAUGAGGCAGGGCGACAUACCUGCCUAAGCUGCUUUUGUGAUUUGCCCCGAAUGGCGAAAGCUGUUGAGAUCUUUCUCGGGAUGACUGGAAAAGAGGGAAGGCAAAUUAGACGAGAAAUCGGGGUUCUCCCCAAAUUAAAAGGUGCCCUUCAGUGGGCAGAUUUGGCGACGUACGGACAGAGUUGACGCAAGAUUCAGGGCGACGAAUCAAGUUGGAAAUGGAGGCGGUCAGUUGGUCAUCACCUCUACCGAGAAACCGGGGUUUCGGACCGGGCUUGAAGAGGCCACGCCUUAGCCACCUUACGGGGUUAUCUCCAUAAAACGUCACGGCGGCAAAGUAGGGACUUAAAAUACAUAGCAUCUUAACAUAACAUAACAUAACAUAACAUAGCAUAACAUAACAUAACAUAACAUAACAUAGCAUAACAUAAUAUAACAUAACAUAACAUAACAAAGCAUAACAUAAAUUUACUAGAGCCAAUGAAAUAAAGAUGGGAAUAUUUAAAUAGAAUUAAUUUAAGCGCAAAGGUAUUAAAAAAUUAUGAGAGCUAUAAUAUGCAUCUGGCUUUCUUUUCUUUAAACCUUGAUCUCCCCUUUUCAAUUGAUGAAUGCCUUUUACUACUAAUUCGCCGACACUUGACUUUGAUAUAUUGAACUUGUAGGCUAUAUCUUCAUAUGAAAGACCUUCAUUUUGAUGAUCCAGGUAGUAUUGUGCAAUAACUAGCUUAUAACCAACUGUUAGUCUUUUCUCUUUCUGGUUUCUCCAUUCAACUCCAUUUUAUUAGAUUUAGUGCUUCUCUUUUGACUUAAAAAUGCAUUUUUUUUUUCAGCCGUUUAUAAAAAUUUUAAAUAGAAAAAUAUUUAUAAAUAUCGAACUUUUUUAAUAGCGGACGAUUUUUUCGUCCGCUAUUAAUUGGGGGGGGGAGUUAGAACUAUCCAAUAGACAAUUAAAAGAAGAGUUGAUCAGCUGGACUUAAGCGCAGUGUAAUCGACUCCAAACCAGAAGGAAUAAAACUUAGAAAUAUAAAUAAUUAAUCGUUUUAUUAUCAGUUAUUAUUACUAAUCACACACAGUAGAGUUUGGAUAACUCAUCCCUUAGAUAUUUUGGAUUAUUUUAAUUAAAAAAUUUUUAAAAAAAAUAUAUAAAUUUUAUAUGUAUUUUUUUCCUACUAAAUUUUUUAUAUUGUAUUUUUUUCAUGCCGAAAUUUAGACUGUUGAAAUUUUACUGAUAUUUUUUUCAUGCUGUUUUUUUAGAAAAAAAAUUUUGAAUUUUUUUCCUUCUGUUUUUAAUUUUUUUAUUUAAACUGAUCUUUAACAUUUAGGCAUUCAUUUUAUUCUUAAAAUCUUGCUAUUAAAGAGAGAGAUUUAAGCUGGGACUGUUUUUCGUUAUUUUUAACUCUAUUUGACUUAAAGAUCUGUAUUUCAAAUUUUUAUAGUAGUUUUUUCAUGCGGUUUGGAAAAAAAACACAGAAAAACUUUUUACUAUAAAGCAUAUGAUACAGUUCUUGCAUCUAUUUUUUAUCUAUUAUGUGAAUUUAUAGCAAACGCAAUGACUGCUAUUGUCAUUCAUAUUUAAUAAAGCAUUUUCUUUGCUUCUUUUUAAAUAUUAGUAAUUUAAUAUUUUUUUUUAUGUGUAUUUUUUUCAUGCAGUUUUUUUUCAUUAUUUGGGGGGUUGAAUUUUUUUCCGCCCUGGUUUCGAAUUUUUUUUUCUUUUUCCAUGUAUUUUUUUCCCUAUCGUUUCAAAAAAUUGGAAAAUUUUUAUGUCAAAUUUGACUGUGGGAACUGUAGGAAAAAAAUACAGUGUAUUUUUUUCCGCUUCACCCAUCAAUAUGAACCAGCUUCUAGGAAAGUUCCCCGAGGCUAAAGAGAAAACUGAGCUUUUAUCUAAAAAAUGCGAGGAUAGUGAUUUUUCAACUCUGCUUAUAAAAUGCUAUAUCUGUAAAGAACUGGGACAUGUUGCUAUAAAAUGCAAGAAAAUUUUACUGAAUUUGGAUAAAGAGGAAACCAAGAAGAAGUGGCUUGAAAAAAGAGGGGCACCAGAAACUAAAAAAAUAACUCCUGAAGAUGACUUUGAGCCUAACUAUCAUCGUGUUCCAAAGAUUAAGCUAGCUAAUAGAAGCUAUAAAGCCAUCAAUGUGCAUGGCAUCUCUCAGCCUAUCGUAAAGAUAUUUCCAGAUGAUCCUCACAUAUACCCAAAAAUUGAAGGCUUUAUUGAGAAAUAUAGCCAAGGUCAAUCUCACUCAUCCAAUUCUUUUGUUAGCCCGACCAACUCAGCAUUGGAAAUGCAACCAGAUGUGAGACAUGAAAGAAAAUCAGAUCCUAAAUUCACAAUGAUUUAUAUGGACAGUGAAGACAGCGAUAAAUAUGAAGAAGAUGCAUCCCCUCCUUAUGAUUCAAAGCCUGCAAGGAAGAAAAAGUUCAGAAUGUCGCUGCUUGAUCGACUAUCUACUUACCAAACUGGCCAGCAGCAGCACGAAACCAAAAUAAAAUCAGGAAAAACGCUUGAAAGAACUUAUAGCAUGCAUGAAGAAAAGGCAGAACCAGACUCAGCAGCAUUUAUCAUGUCACCUCAAAUUAACCCUGAUAUAUCAGAAGAUAUAAAAGAAGACCCAAAAGAAGAAGAAACAAUCGGAAAUACAGAAAUUUAUCUGCCUAAUCUCGAACCAAUUGAGGGAAGCUUCUUUAAAUGCUCGCCAGGCUCUCCUCAUAAUUCAGAGUAUGAGGAAUCAGAAGAAUCGAUGGAGCUUUAA